AUGGCGGUGAUCACCUUCACGCCACUAUAUGGUGUGCAUUCAAGCGCUCCAUGUUGCGCGUAUCUCUUGGAAGUGGACGAUGUUUGUAUUCUACUAGAUUGUGGUUGGACAGAUGCAUAUGAUGUUGAGCUGCUUAAGCCGUUGCAGCGCGUGGUGGACCGCAUCGAUUUGGUGCUCGUGUCGCAUCUGGACUUGGCACAUAUGGGGGCAUUACCCUACGCCAUUGGAAAGCUUGGACUUAAUGCUCCAGUUUAUGGUACACUACCAGUGCAUCGUAUGGGACAAAUUGCACUGUAUGACGCAUAUCAAGCCAAAACGAAACAAGAUAACGACUUUUCACUCUUUUCGUUGGACGAUGUGGAUUUGGUCUUUGAGCGAUUCAAACAGCUCAAGUACUCCGAAAAAUUGACGCUUCGUAGUAGUGGAGAAGGAAUUGUGAUCACACCUCAUGUGGCUGGACAUUUGAUUGGUGGUGCUCUCUGGAGGAUUAUGAAGGAGACGGACGACAUUAUUUACGCAGUGGAUUAUAAUCAUCGUUCGGAGCAUGUGUUACAAAAAACGAUUCUGGACUCGUUCUCGCGCCCAACGCUACUGAUUACCGACUCAAUGAAUCUUCAUGCAGAGCAGCCAAAGUUGAAGGAUCGAGAUAGCAAAAUCAUGAUGGAAAUUUUAAAGACAGUUCGAAAUGGAGGAAAUGUACUAAUUCCUACUGACAGCUCUGGUCGUGUACUCGAGUUAAUGCGAGUGCUGGACCAAUACUGGAUUCAAAACAAACUGCGAGAUCCCAUAGCUUUGCUCCAUGAUAUGAGCUAUUAUACGCCAAAGGCAGCACAGGCAAUGUUGGAAUGGUGUAAUGAUCGCAUUGCGAAAAACUUUGACAUUGGUCGUCAAAAUCCUUUUCAAUUUACUCAUAUCCAUCUGGUUCAUACGCUGGAAGAACUUGAUGCUUUGCCGAAUCCUAAGGUAGUCCUAGCUACAUCACCUAGCCUUGAAUGUGGUUUCGCAAAGGAUAUGUUCAUUCGGUGGGCUCCUGAUCCUCGAAAUAGCAUUAUUUUUACUUCAACGACACCAGAAACGUCAUUUGCAUCCCGCGUACUUAGACUUGUGAAAGACCCGUCCGCUGAAAAAACUAUAUCAUGUUCGGUGACACAAAAGGUGUUUUUGGAGGGAGCUGAACUUGCUUUAUACGAGGUGAAAGAGCGCAAACGUCUUCGUGCAGAAGCUGAAACUAAAGCUAAAGAAAUUGAAGAUGCUGCGAUGGAAGAUAUGAUGAUGGGAAUUGAAGAUUUCGAAUCAGAGUCGGAAGAAGAGCAAAUUGCGCAGCAGGAAGUUCAGCUUCGUGGAACUUUCAAGGUUGGCUUGGGCCAAUUAGCAUCAGUUCGAUAUCCUAUGUUCUUUGCUGUGGAGCCAAAAAUUGAGUGGGAUGAAUAUGGAGAGAUUAUUAACCCAGAGGAUUUCAAGGAUGCGACACUAUUAGCAAAUCGCCAGGCUCGUCGUAAUCUUAUCGACGAUGCUGAUGGGGACGAAGACAUGGAAAGUGCUGACCAAGAAGUUGCAGCUGAAACUCGCCCGACGAAAUCCGUCACAAGUGAAGUUGUCGUCAAUAUCGCUGCUCGUAUUACGCAAGUUGAUUUCGAUGGUACUGCUGAUGGCAGAGCAAUACGAAAUUGUUUAGGCAACGUCAAACCACGCAAACUCAUUCUAGUUCAUGGCACUGAAAAGACAACUCAAGAUCUAAAGCAGUUUGUAGAAUCGUCAAUCCCAACGUGCGAAGCAGUAUUUACACCAAACAUCAUGGAAUGUAUCGAUAUCGAAUCCGACACGAAUGUAUAUAAACUCUCAGUUAAAGAGUCAUUGUACACGUCUGCAGUGUUUCGAAAGAUUGGUAGUCACGAAGUUGCCUACGUUACCGGACAACUUGUGCUACCAGAGAACAGCUCAGUACCAAUUUUGCAGCCUCUCAAUGAAAAUGGAGGUCAAACAACACACGAGCCCAUCCUACUAAGUGAUGGAAAGAUGAAACUGGAUGUCAUGAAGCAGGUACUGGGCAAAGCUGGUUUUCAUGCAAAAUUUCGCGGCGGUAUGUUGGUAUGCAAUGAUGGAGUGGUUCUUAAGCGUGCAAUAGAUAACGAAAUUGUGAUGGAGGGUACGCUGUCAAGCAAUUACUUUCGCAUUCGAGCACUGUUGUAUGACCAGUUUACGCUGAAUAUGUUAGCUCUCCAGCGGCACGCAGCACGUACUAGUGCCUGCUUUAAACCUUGCUUCUCAACUUUAGCCGUCGCUACUCGUGACGCUACAUCCAACGUGUUACAUGUUGUGGUACGAGACGGUGAAGGAUCGCGUGCUUCUCGACGUUUGCGCAAGCAAGGCUUGUUACCAGGCGUUCUCUAUGGCGAGGGUGUAGAUGGUACUAAUGAACGUGUGCUGGUCUCGUUACCUACACGAACGUUUGAGAUCUUGCAUCGCGAUCUAUGGACAUCCAUUGAAAACCAGGUGUUCCAGAUUCAAGUUGACAAUGAGCCACCUGUGAAGGCCUAUAUGCGUGACGUACAGCUUGAUCCCGUCACAGACGUGCCCUUGGCUGUGAACUUUUUGCGUUUCAAGCCUGGUCGUACUGUAUCAAUACCAAUUAAAGUUAUGAAUGAGGAGGGAAGCCCAGGAUUAAAACGCGGAGGCUUUAUCAAUCACAUUUACCACUCGCUCGACUGUACCAUCUUCACGGAAGACAUCCCUGCUACACUAAAGAUUGACGUCAAUGGCCUACACGUUGGUGACAAGAUUUUCUUAGACUCAAUUAGCUUUCCGGAUGGAGUAGUGCCAAACAUCGCAAAAGGAUCGUUAAUUGCUAAAAUUGCCGGACGUCGCGGUCUUAUCCCACGCGUGAAACCCGUGGUUAAGAAGGUUUUGCAGCUAUCUGUUGGCAGUUUGUCUUUUGGGAUCUCGCUGCCUCUUUGUGGCAUGUUCAAAGCACUUAAAACGACCUCGCAGAAUCCAAUUUCUUUUACUUAG